CAGAAAGAGAGCACAAAUGAUAAGAUAACGGAAUAUCAGGUUGAAUUCUAUUGGGAGCCACAUCAGUUGGCAUUAGUCAGUGCAGGUUUCUACAAUUUCCUGACCAUUUAUUAGUAUGUCUUUUGACAAUGUUAAGCAUAUCGUUGUUGUUGGUGAUGGACAAGUUGGCAAGACAUCCCUCCUGUUCGCCUACACAGACGGAGCCUUCAAGGAAACCUACGAAGCCACAAUCUACGAGAAGGAGGAGUUUAAUCUGACACUCGACGGUAUGCUGUAUUGCGUUAAACUGUACGACACUGCCGGCCAGGAGGAGUACGAUAAAAUUCGCCAAGCAUUCUACAAACAAGCCGAUGCUUUCCUCCUGUGCUACUCCAUUCUCGAGCGCACAUCUUUCGACAACAUCGAACUCAAGUGGAUUCCGGAACUCCGCCGAACACGACCCAAUGUGCCCAUUGUCCUUGUGGGAACGAAGAAAGACUUGAGAUCCGCCCAUUCAGUGUCCACACGCGAAGGUGAAGCGCUCAGGAAGCGAAUAAAUGCCAACACAUUCAUCGAGAGCUCGGCAAAGAACCAGACAAACGUCCAAUUAGCCAUUCACGAGGCAGUGAGAGCGUCUGUGGUUGGCGUUAAGGAUAAUCAUAGUGAGGAUAGUGACGAAAGCUGCUCCUGUUGGUGCUGGUGAUCAUUUUCAAUAAGUCUCUUUAAAUUGCUGAAGAAAAUUUUAAAGUUAAUGCUGAAAUCUGUAAAAAUGAGUCACACACUUAAUAAGUGUGUGAUUCAAUAAUCCAAGUCUCGGGUGCAAUAAAAUGGAGAAAAUGUGAGAAUUCAAAAAAUGAAAAUAAAAAUAUAAUUGCGAAGCAUUUGGAGUAGGAGAGUUUUCUGGAGAUUUUUCUCACUUUUCCUUGAUCCACAAGAUUCUGAUUCAAAGCUUGAUUCUCGAUUUCAUUAUUGCAUUCAGAACUGAAAAUUUAUGUUUAGAAUUAAUUCUUAUUUCCCUUUGAAGUUCUUUGCCAUUGCAAUCUAAAUUGCAAUGAGUGUAUUAAAAAUGUAAAUGACUUUUUCCAGCCGCCAUGAAAUUUGCCAGCAAGCAAAUUCAAUAAACUUACUUAACUAAGCAGGUAUUUUGUAGUUUCUUCUUAACACAACAUUAUGGUGAUUAUGGCUAUUUUCACAUAAAAUUAUUGGCUCCUGAAAAAGGAAGCUCUAGCACGAAUCGCGCACUGUGAUCUUAUUUAAGAUAGAGUCCGGCGUUCCCGGCAACAAGCAGCGGAUUUAUACAAUACAAUUCCCGGAUUGUGAAAAUGGAGACUUCUCCUUCAGGACGGUUCAAGGUCAGUGCAAGCUGUUUUGCAAUUCCCUCCCGAUAGUCAGACACGUGGAAUUUUCCAUUGACCCAGUAAAAGCCAGUGGGAAAAACUGGAUUCCCAUUAUUUUGUGUGAGGCGUUCACCUCUGGUUUUUCUGCGUCUGGACAUGGGCAGAAAAAUCAAUAAUGAGAGCUUCUCGACAAGAAA